AUGGUCAAGGCCCUGGCAGACACAAGACAGAUAGGUAAGCUGACCAGGGAGCAGUUUGCCCUUGCCAUGCAUCUCAUCCAGCAGAAAGUCAGUAAGGGCAUUGACCCUCCACAGGCCCUGACUGCUGACAUGAUCCCCCCCUCUGAGAGAGGCACUCCUGUACCAAGUAUGUCAGGAUACAUGACCCCCGUGGGAUCAGAGAUGGCUGCUCUCUCUGAGAUGAGACGGGACAGCUCUAGUUCAGUGGGUUCAGGGGAGUUCACUGGCAUCAAGGAGUUGGAUGACAUCAGUCAGGAGAUAGCCCAGUUGCAGAGGGAGAAGUACACUCUAGAACAGGACAUCAGGGAGACAGAGGAGGCCAUCAGACACAAGAGUGCCGAGGUGCAGGACAUGCAGAAUGACCUGGACAGAGAGACAGCCAGCCUGCAGGAGCUGGAGGCUCAGAAACAAGACGCCCAAGACCGCCUGGAGGAGAUGGACCAGCAGAAACAUAAAUUAGAGGACAUGCUGAACGAAGUUCGGAUAAAGUGCCAGGAAGAGUCUCAGAUGAUCUCAACCCUCCAGAGUCAGAUCCACUCCCAGGAGUCAGACUUGCAGAGCCAAGAGGAAGAGCUGAGCCGGGCAAAGGCCGACCUCGGCCGGCUGCAGCAGGAGGAGAACCAGCUGGAGCAGAGCCUGGCUGCUGGCAAGAUCCAACUGGAGACCAUUAUCAAGUCUCUGAAGGCCACGCAGGAUGAGAUCAACCAGGUAGGAAACGUGUCAACAGGGGGCACCAUUGCACUGUAUUAUCUACUUUUUAUUACCAUGGAAGACAGUAUUUGGUCAUCUGUACCACUUGAGGAACUGGAACACAACAUUUAA